AUGUGCGUCGAGCCAGUCAUUUCCGGCGGCGUCGGCACGCGCUUCGCUGUCGUCAGCACCUAUAGCGGGCCACGCGCGCUCGCCUCCUUCGCGCGCAAUGGCGCAGCGGCACUGCUGCGUCCGCAGUCGGAGGAAGCUUUCGCGUGGCACGCCGAGCAGCGAGAAGGAGUCGUCCUCUUCGCAGAGCGCUCGGUGCACGGAAAUGGUAUCGUGCGCGUCACGUCGCACGGCCCUCGGUGGCGGCGCAUGCUCUUCGACAGCGUCGAGCAGGGCCUCGCCUACCUGCGAGAGGACGAGAGCGAGGCCGCGCCGGUCCUUGCCAGCUUCCAGUACCUCAGAGUCAUGGCCGCCGCCUGCGCUGCCUUUUGCGGCCUACGCCCCAACACGCGUCUCGACUCGCCACGUCUCCUCUGCGUUGGACUCGGCACCGCCGCCCUCCCCAGCUUCCUCGCCGCCGCCUACCCGAGCCUGCGGGUCGAGGCGGUUGAGCACGACCCCGUCGUCAUCAGAGCGGCGCGCGAGGUCCUGCACUGCCGCUUUGCGCUGCGCGGCGAGGCUUGCGCCGGCAGCGGCGCCGCCGGCGACGCGACCUUCACGGUAACGCGCGCGGACGGUGCGGCGCACGUGGCUGGGCUCGAGGAGGGCAGCUUGCACGCCGUGCUGUUGGACGCCUUUGACGCAAAGGGGGACACGCCGCCGCAGCUGCUGCAGCCGCCCUUUCUCUCCGACUGCCGUCGGGCGCUCGCGCCGGGCGGCGCCCUCGUGUGCAACCUCUUCAACGGGCGAGCCGGGAGCGGUGCACGGCGGUCGCUGGGCAGCCUCUCGCGCCGGCUCGAGGCUGCUGGCUUCGAGCUCUUCACGCUGCCGGUGGUAGGGCAGGAGGAGAGCGUUGUGCUGGUGGCGCGACAAGCCGGAGGCGGCGCGCGGCCGGGACGCCAAGACCUCCGCCGCGCCGCGCGCUCCUCGCUGAGUGGCGGUCCGGCGAGGGCGUCUGCCGCAGAGGCGGCACGGCUCGCCGGGCGAGUCCGGUGGGCACGGGUGGGGGGACGGGGCGCGGAUUGGUCGCUGGUCGAGAAGCGGCCCCCGCGCCGGUUUUCCGCGGCCGCGGCGGCGGGCUGGGACGCUUUGGAAGAUGCGACUACGGCGUGCUCGUGGUGCGAAGAUGACUGA